AUGUCGACUAUCACCCCGACGGCGCUGCAGAGCACGCAGCCGCCCAUCAUCCCGCUAAACUUCAAUGGGAACCAGCCCGAGACCAUCCGCUUGUACCCUCUCUCCAACUACACUUUCGGUGUCAAGGAGACCCAGCCGGAGGAGGACCCGAGUGUUUUGGCCCGCCUGAAGCGCCUGGAGGAGCACUACCAAGCCCACGGCAUGCGGCGCACUUGCGAGGGCAUCCUGGUGUGCCACGAGCACAACCACCCGCACAUCCUGAUGCUGCAAAUCGCCAACGCUUUCUUCAAACUACCCGGCGACUACCUGCGGCCCGAGGACGACGAGGUCGAGGGGUUCAAGGCGCGUCUGGACGAGCGGCUCGCCCCCGUUGGCAGCCUUGGCGAGGGCAACAAGGCGGCGGACUGGCAGGUCGGCGACUGUCUCGCGCAGUGGUGGCGCCCGAACUUUGAGACCUUUAUGUACCCUUUUGUUCCGGCGCACAUUACGCGCCCUAAGGAGUGCAAGAAGCUGUACUUUAUCCAGUUGCCGCACUCGAAGGUCUUGAGCGUUCCCAAGAAUAUGAAACUUCUCGCUGUCCCCCUCUUCGAGCUUUACGAAAACACCCAGAGAUACGGCCCUCAGCUCUCGGCUAUUCCCCACUUGCUCAGCCGCUACAAUUUCGAGUUUGUCAACGAGGACGGCGAGGUGGUUGCCAUGACGCCAGGCUCCGGACCGACCGAUGGCGAAGUCCCCAAGACCAAGGUCCUGGCUGGGGGUGACGACAUCGACAUGAAGACGGAGAACGGGACGCACUGA